AUGGGUUCGGCCUCCGGAAAACUGAAAGGUCUUUGUAGCAAACAAAAACCGUAUUUUGCGAACCUGACGAGUCUGAAUUGUCUUGCGUUGAAAUCGGGGGUAAACUUAUCCGACCGAUUAACGAUAAUCGAUAUUUAUGCAGAUGAGAAAAUGGGCGAGCCUUCGGCCUUUGUUACGAAGGCAAUCAUCCGAAAGAAGCUGCCCAUUUUUAUCCGUCGGCUUUUGCACAACCAAAAGGAGAAUGAAAAUGGUGGCCGGAACACAAUUCGGGAAGAACUGGUCGGGUGCACUAUUGUGAUGGUCCGCGGCAGCAGUCUUGUCCAGGGGCUGGAAAGUUGGGAUGAGACCGUGGCACGUCAGAGUCGCGCCACGUUUCUUUAA